UUCAUGAAAUAAAAUGUGUUCCUCAUGUACUCUGUCCUGUGCUCCAGGUUAUGAGAUCCAUGGGAUGGAGAAGAUUCCGGACAAAGGCCCAGCGCUGAUAGUGUACUAUCAUGGAGCCAUUCCCAUCGACUACUACUACUUCCUGGCAAAAGUUAUCCUGCAGAAGGGAAGGCCCUGCCACUCUGUCGCUGACCACCUGCUCUUCAAGAUCCCAGGUUUCAAGUUACUGCUGGAGGUGUUCAGUGUGAUCCACGGCCCUCAGGAGGAGUGUGUGCGGGCUCUGAGGAAUGGCCACCUGCUGGGGAUUUCUCCAGGGGGGGUGCGGGAGGCUCUGUUCAGUGACGAGACCUACCCCCUUUUCUGGGGCAAACGCAGAGGCUUUGCACAGGUCGCCAUCGACUCCCAAGUGCCUAUAAUUCCAAUGUUUACUCAGAAUGUGCGGGAAGGCUUCAGAUCUCUGGGAACACUCAGAUUUUUCCGCUGGCUGUACGAGAGGUUCCGCCUCCCUGCAGCUCCUGUGUACGGAGGAUUUCCUGUGAAGUUUAGGACCUUCCUCGGUGAUCCCAUUCCUUACGAACCCAAUGUUAACGCUGCAGAGCUGGCAGAGAAAGUCAGUGAACUCAAGCUGUGGUCUUUCUUUCUUUCUUUCUAUCUUCCUGUGUAAUAUCUCUUCAGUUCAAAUCAUAUGAGCAUGGACCGUUUUCAGUCCAUGAGGAUUUAUUGGGUAACAAGAGCUUUUGUUGUAAGGAACAGCCAGACAGAGGGAAUGAUACACGGCAAAUGUAGGGCGGCCGUCAGGUGCAAACGCAUUACAGCGAGCCAAAACACUUCCGCUUAAAAAACGGUGCAAAUAUGAAAACACUAGUGUGCCAAAACACAUGCAAAUUAAAAACGUCUUCACCAACUUGACAACACAUUUGCAGCCUUUACUAAAAGCACUGCAUAAACGAAACGAUGCAAUUAAAAAUAUGCUUCAAUAAGUUCAAAACACAACGGAGACCAGGGAGACACUAAAAAGUGACGCACACAGCUGGGACCGGAGCAGUUGUUGACGUUGGAAGUCGGCCAUGGUAUUGAAAGGAAUCAUGCGAUCACAUGGUUAAUAUAAGCCGAUAAAACAUACAUGUUUUGUAACUUUCCAACAACAGAAACACUUGGCCAUCUUGUAUUUAUAUCAUUCCUGAGCAUCACCAAGCACUCCGGUCCCAGCUGUGUGCGUCGCUUUUUAGUGUCCCCUGGUUCCCAUUGUGUUUUGGAAUCUUGCAGCGGUUUUUAUUUGUUGCGUUUUUUAGACGCUGCUCAUGUUUCCUCAAGUUGGUGAAUGUUUUCUAAAUACUGAGCAUGUGUUG